AUGAACAAACAACAACCAAUAACAACUGUUAUCAGUGGUGCAGCAGCGAUGCCUAGCACCACCACUAUUACCAACGCGAGCAAUCGUGCUGCUACUGUACUGCCUUGGCCUAGGCGUCAAUUUCUUCAAAACUUUCUUCUGAUCUGGCUUGAUGCCGAUUUCGAUGAGUCCAAAGGCGAGUAUAAAAAACCAAUAGAACAUCUACAAAAUAUUUUAGCAAUGGUCACCACAUUUACAGACGUUGACGAAUGUAUUGACUUUCUCACUGACAUUCAUGAUGAAAAAGUAUUCAUGAUUGUAUCGGGUGCGCUAGCACAACGUUUAAUACCAGAGAUUCAAGAAUGCCCACAAUUAACUUCUAUUUAUGUUUUAUGUGAUAAUCAAUCGUCUCAUGAGAAAUGGGUCAAAACCAUACCUAA